AAAUUCCCCCGGAAAUAAUAUUUCGUAGGACGUUUCGUUAUCUGUAAACGGAAGAUAAACAGAAACACUUGUUCAUCAUGGCAGAGACUCACAGCCUGCAAGACAUGAGACAACAGGCUGCCACCACAGCUAAAGUCUUCAUUCAGAGAGAUUACAGUAACGGCACUGUGUGCCAGUUCCAGACCAAGUUCCCCUCGGAGCUGGAGACCAGGAUUGACAAACAGCAGUUUGAGGAGACGGUACGGAGCCUGAACAACCUUUAUGCUGAGGCAGAGAAACUGGGAAGCCAGUCGUAUAUUGAAGGCUGCCUGGGAUGCCUCACAGCUUACACCGCCUUUCUUUGUAUGGAGACUCAUUAUGAAAAGGUUUUAAAGAAGAUUGCGAAAUAUAUUCAGGAACAGAAUGACAAGAUCUACGCGCCUCGAGGCCUCCUGCUCACCGACCCCAUCGAGAGAGGCCUGCGAGUUAUUGAAGUCACCAUCUUUGAAGACAGAAGCCUGACCAGAUAAAAGCCAACACGGGUCUGCAGCAGCUCAGCAGCAAAGACCACCACCUUGAAGACCUUCCAGACCUUCGCCUUUAAUGCUGCGGCUCUACAAUCUCUGCCUGUCCAACUGUCCUUCACACGUCUUAUUUAAAGCAUCAUUUUGUGACCAAGUUUACGAUUGUUUUUCUAUGGCGUGAUCAACUGUUAAAGCGUUACUUGUGACUUUUUGUGCCCUUAUUUCAGUUGAGGGUCAUAUGUUUGUAUUUAGCUGAUGGACAUACAGGAUGUCUACGAAUGAUUAACUCAGAGCUGAUCAGGAUUCUCUAGCUUGAUGAUUCUGGACUAAAAAAACACCUUUUGAAUAAGAGUAUUUGUGAAAUAGUGAAGUUUUAUAUGUUUAUUUUCUUGUCAGACCAUUUUCAGUUGUAAACAUGACACGCAGGGUAACUUGUUAUGGAAGUUUGUUGAACUGAGCCCAAAGUUUUAAAUGAAUAUUAUAGCUAAAUUGAGAAAAUAAACUAAUAAUUUGAAGGAGUCGUGAAUGUGUUGAAUAUCCUGUACCUCACAGUUUUGUUUUUUUUUUUACUUUCUCCAAGGUGUUUGGUAGUUUAUCACCAUUUUUCUGCACUUGUCCCUGAUGAGGUGUCAGAUUUUGGCUUACAGCUCUCAACAGUUCAUUAACAGAUUUUAAUAUGUGUAUAAAGUUCAUGUCUAUGCAGUGAUUUAAAGUUUUUUUCUGUAUUUAGCAUGCAAAACUGUAAAUAUUAAGUUAUGUUUCAUUCUUUAUUCAGAAUCUGUUCUGCAUGAGUGAUGACUACUGUUGAUCUUUGACUCAUGUAAAAAAAUCGUAUUUACUGCCUUUGACCGAAGUAUUAAAAGUGCUCUUGUUAGCUGACAGUGCCUGGAAAGUUUUUGAAUGUUAACUUUAUUUAAAGGCCCGGUCACACCAGAACAGCAACGUUUUACUGUGAUGUAUUUUACAUGAAUUACUGCAAUUGUCCACAAUCAUAUGUCUCACCAACUGAAGUCAUCUUUAAAUGUUUUUUGUUUACCAACAACAAGCUCUGUUCUGUUGCUGGUUAUAACCAUUCAGAACUUGAAAGGUUGUUUGAUAUAAAUAAAACCAAGACCAAUGCAAUCUUCUGUUUGUUUGACCCACAUUUGUAGUAACGCUCCUUUGUAAAGGCUCUUUGAUUAGAAAUAACUUCCCUGCACCAUUUGCUAAGUGAGCAGGCCAAAAGAAGAAGAAUUGAGACAGGUUUUUGCUUUGUUCACUGAAACUAAAAUCCACCAUUUGGAUUUGGAUUAGCUGUAAAACCUCAGAACCUCAGUUUGUUAUUGAAACCUUUGUAUUCUGGAGUACGUAUAGUAAAAGUUAUCUUACUGUGACUCAGCCAUCUGCAAUGUCUUGUGAAAGUGGUGUAAUAAAGGCAUCUUCAUAUAGCUGUGUGUACAGGUGUAGAUCUUUGAACCACAUUUAUCUCAAUGUCUUAUAUAUAUAAAAAAAAGUUUUAUUUAAUUGUUUGGUUGACGGGUGAAAUUUGUAUGUACUUCUGUCAGUUGAUAUCCAAAUAUAUUGUUAAUCUAAACGCUAAUAAAACAUGUAAAUAUCUGA